AUGAGGUUGGCAAAAGGCUGGUUGUUGCUCGUUGGCUUGGUUCCAUCCUUAACGUUCGCUGCGCCAGCGUUUCACGGACGAGACUACAAUAGCACGUGCAAGAGGACCAAGGUUGCGAUCAUAGGUGGAGGUGUUGCUGGCAUUACAGCAGCACAAGCGCUGGCGAAUCAGUCCGUUACUGAUUUCCUAAUCCUCGAGUAUCAAGACCAUAUUGGAGGUCGUAUGCGAAAUACAAAGUUCGGCUCGGAUCCCGACGGGAACCCUUACACGGUCGAACUGGGUGCAAAUUGGAUCUCUGGACUAGGUCAGGAUACUGAUGGUCCUGAGAAUCCGGUUUGGACAUUUUCGAAACAGGUCAAUCUAACGAGCCCAAACUCUGAUGCUUUCUCCAUUGCCACUUACAACGAGACUGGGGCUGUCGAUUACACGGACAUCUUAGAUGAGUUUGAGGACUACUGGUCCAAAUUCGAACAGAGCGCUGGUACAAUACUAUCCGAGAAUUUACAGGACAGGAGCUUCCGUGCAGGACUAUGGCAGAGUGGAUGGCGACCAAAAAGCGACCCCACACGGAAAGCAGUUGAGUAUUAUUUGUGGGACUGGGAAACCGCCCAGUCGCCCGAGGGAUCAAGCUUUGUCUAUGGAAUCGCAGGGUACAACUUCACCUACUACGGGUUUUCCGAGAUGAGCAAUUUCUGCACCGACCAACGCGGCUUCAGCACUUGGUUGAAAUACCAAGCGGCUGAAUUCCUACAACCUAACGACCCUCGUGUAUUGUUGAACACAGUUGUCACAAACAUCAUCUAUUCCGAUACCGGCGUUCAUAUCGCUACUUCUGAUGGCUCCUGUGUCGAAGCCGAUUACGCAAUCUCCACAGUUUCUCUCGGUGUACUGCAGAACGACGCUAUCACGUUUGAGCCUGAACUUCCCGAGUGGAAGCAGUCCGCUAUUGCCAAUUUUCAUUUCGGAACAUAUACAAAGAUAUUUUUUCAGUUCAACGAGACAUUCUGGCCAGAAGACAAACAAUUCUUCCUCUACGCAGACCCCACAACACGCGGCUACUACACAGUCUGGCAGAGUCUGUCAACGGAAGGUUUCCUCCCUGGGUCGAAUAUCAUCUUCGCCACAGUGGUCGGCGACCAAUCCUACCGUAUCGAAGCACAGGAUGACGAAACCACAAAGGCAGAAGGAAUGGCAGUGCUCCGAAAGAUGUUCCCUAGCAUCAUUGUCCCAGAGCCCAUAGCAUUCACGUACCCGCGCUGGACUCAAACUCCAUGGGCCCGUGGUUCGUACUCGAACUGGCCCGCUGGCACGACGCUUGAGAUGCACCAAAACCUUCGCGCGAAUGUUGGAAGACUGUACUUUGCUGGUGAGGCUCAGAGUGCACAAUACUUUGGCUUUUUGCAUGGCGCGUGGUUCGAGGGCCAAGAAGUUGGAGAGCGCAUCGCUGGCCAAAUCACGACGGAAUGCGUCAAUCGUCCAAGCGGUUGCGGCGCGUAUAACCGCUAUGAGGUUCUGCAUGGCACGACCGAGUUCUGGGAGGUCAAUGCUUUCAAUGGGAUGGGAACGAGCCCCUUCUUCGUUGCUAAUAGUGUUGUUGAUGCAGAAGGUGGUGACGCGUAA